GUUGGGAUGGUGGACUUCGUCCUCUCGCAACGUGGGGGCAAAUCUCCAGGACCGUAAAUCCAAUGGCUGGUGGCAUGCCACGAACCAUAUGUCGGGAUGGAUCUAAGUCGAUCGGCCUCUGAUAUAAAUACCCGUAUCCGCCGUGAUCCUCUUAGAUCGCAUAGCGGAUUCAGGAUGCAAGCUACUCUCGAUUGCAAAGACAAGGGUAAAAGCUCGUGGCCAGAGAUGGUUGGGAUGAACGGAGAGAUGGCAGCGAUGACGAUCCAGAAAGAGAAUCCUCACGUGGAAGCCAUUGUGUUGCUGGAAGGAACGCCGGUCACCACGGAUUACAGAUGCGACCGGGUUUGGGUGUGGGUGAACCAGAACGAAUUAGUGGUGGCGGAGCCUCAUAUCGGAUAGAAUGGAUGCAUUUUGUAAAUGUGAAUGUAUGCACGUGUGGACCAAUGUUUGCAUGUGCAUGGGGUGAGUUCUAUAAGAAUGCUAUGUUAAUGGCACUGAUAUGAAUAAAAGGCAAGUAAGGGCCUG